AUGUCCACGGUUCUCUCUACUCUGCAGCCGGGGUUCUUACGUGAUGUUCUUUCUUCACUGGGGUCGUUCAUAACUUGGACCAAGGCAUUGGCUCUGCUCUUGGUGAUCACAAAUAUCAAAAAUCUCCCCUUCAUUUGGCAUGUCCGUCUAUUGUACCAUUUCUUGUUCAAUCUUCGCUGGAAGCCCAGCGAUCCUUUCUUCCCCAAGGGCAAAGCGCUUCUUGACGCGCAGGGGAAACCGACACAUCCGGUUUUCGUGACAUGCAAGAUUACAUCCCGCACUCCAUUGCUGGAGACAGACUACAAUUUGCACAAAUCCAACAGCACCUACUUCUCUGACCUGGAUGUCUCGCGAACGGCGCUGGUCACCCGUCUCUUCAGCCCCGGCGUGGGUUUGGUGAGCAAGGAGCUCGAUCAAGAGUUUUUGGAGAUGAGCCAGAAGGAGGGGAAACGUGCGCCAAAGCGCAAGCCCAUCAUGAUCGUCCUCGGAUCUGUAUAUUGCAGCUUCAAGCGCGAGAUCAAGCCCUUUGAGCGCUACGAAGUGCACUCCAAGGUCAUUUCCUGGGACAAGAAGUGGCUGUACAUUCUGUCUUCCUUCAUGCGCCCGGCUAGCCGAGCUGGUGGCGAGAGAACCCUGCUUGCCACGGCGCUGAGCAAGUACGUCGUGAAGAAGGGCCGCUUGACGGUCGAGCCCGGGCGCAUCUUGCGGUUGGCCGGGUUUUUACCGACGCCACCCGCCGGUCACUCUGCAGCGAAAUUCAACGCCGACUCUUCUGCGGAAGCCUCCGCGGUCGAUACACCGGUCAGCAGUGAAGGGAUCACAGCUGCCGGGGGCGUUGAUGGCCCUCUUGCGCGCGAGAUCUUGAAGCUGAACGACGAUGAAUUACCCAGUCGUGAGGCCCUUGAAGAACAGAGGGACACAAACGCCAAGUCGUGGGACUCUAAUGAAUGGAGCUGGGAGCGCAUCGAGCAAGAGCGGCUACGUGGGCUGCGUGUUGUGGAUGGGUAUAUCAAUCUCGAUGCGCAGCUGAGUGCGGAGUGGUCUUGA